AACAGAAACUUCAAACUUCAAGCAACCGCCGAGGAUUAGCACGUCUUUUCGUGUUGUGUUGAUUAAAUAAACAAUUAAAUACUCGAAGAGUAUAAAGUUUCAGAACAAAAAAUAAAAACUAAAUUACCAAUAAAAUGGGUGUCGAUAUCUUGGGUUUCGCGUACGCCGCUACCGUCGCUGCCGGUGGAAUUAUGGGUUACGCUAAAGCAGGAUCCAUACCGUCCUUGGGAGCUGGUCUCAUCUUCGGUUCAAUUUUAGGUGUUGGAGCAUACCAGCUCAGUCAGGAUGCUUCAAACUACACUCUCAUGUUGGGCACCACAUCUGCUCUCGGCGGUCUUAUGGGUUACAGAUACUACAACAGCAGGAAGUUCAUGCCAGCAGGUCUAGUUUUCUGUCUGUCCGUCGGUAUGCUGGCUAAAAUAGUCUUCAAACAUGUUGGUGCACAAACCCCGCUCGCUACGAAAGGAUAAUCACGAUAAUAAACCUUUUUAUUUCCAAACUCUUUGGGCAACAUUCAAUGAAAUUUGAAAAUAGAAGAGAAACUGGCCUGAAAUGAAAUAAAAAGGUUUUAUUUUUUAAGUGAACCAGUGAUUACAUUUAUUUGAAAUGGUUUGGACUGUUAUUUGAAUACAUGUUUUUUUUCAAUGUUAAAA